GCUGAGGCGGGCGGCGGCGCCGGGGGAGGCGGCGGGCGGCUCUCGGCCAUGUGGCGGCCGGGCGUGUGCGGGCUCCUGGGCCGGGCGUGCCUGCUGCUGCUGCCGCCCUGCGCGCUGGUGCUGGCGGCGGUGCCCGGCUCCGCGUCCCACCCGCAGCCCUGCCAGAUCCUGCGGCGCAUCGGGCACACGGUCCGCGUGGGGGCCACCCACCUGCAGCCCCGCGCCCCCGCGCCCUGGCCCGCGGCGAGCGGGCGGAGCGGGCGGCGGGCGGCGGCGGGCGGCGGCGCCGGGGGCGCGGGCGAGGGCGCGGGGCCGCGGGGCCGCCGGGCCGGCGCCGGGGCCGGGGCCGCGGCCACGGGGGGCGGCGGAGGAGGCGAGCGGCGGCCGCCCGCCGCGCCCCCGGCCGCGCCGUCGCCGCGGGACGCGCUGCUGCUGGCCGUGGCGAACCUCAACGGCGUGGCCGGGCUGCUGCCCUACAACCUGUCCCUGGAGGUGGUCAUGGCCAUCGAGGCGGGGCUGGGCGACCUGCCGCGCUUCCCCUUCUCUUCCCCCAGCGCCGCCUGGAGCAACGACCCGGUCUCCUUCCUGCAGAGCGUCUGCCACACCGUGGUGGUGCAGGGGGUCUCCGCCAUCCUCGCCUUCCCGCAGAGCCGCGGGGAGAUGCUGGAGCUGGACUUCAUCUCCACGGCUCUGCGCAUCCCCGUCGUCAGCAUCGUGCUCAGCGAGUUCCCCAGGAAGAGCCCGAAUCCCCUGCACCUGCAGAUGAGUUUAGAAAACUCAUUGAGUUCUGAUGCUGAUGUCACUUUCUCAAUCCUUGCAAUGAACAACUGGUACAAUUUCAGCUUGAUGUUAUGCCAGGAGGAGUGGAACAUCACAGAUUUCCUCUUCCUCACACAACAGAGCUCCAAGUUCCACCUGGGUUCCAUUAUAAACAUCACAGCAAAUCUCACGUCAACCAGUGACCUUCUGAACUACUUACAGCUUUACCUGGAGAGCGUCAAAGACACAACAUCUACCAUUGUGAUGUUUGGAUGCGACAUGGAAAAAACGCGUAGGAUUUUUGAAAUAACCACCAAGUUUGGCGUGAUGCCUCCAGAACUUCACUGGAUUCUCGGGGAUUCACAGAACGUGGAAGAACUGAGGACAGAAGGUUUGCCACUAGGUCUCAUCGCUCAUGGCAAGACAACACAGUCAGUUUUUGAGCAUUAUGUGCAGGAUGCAAUGGAGCUUGUAGCAAGAGCUGUAGCAACGGCCACCAUGAUUCAACCAGAAUUAGCUCUUAUUCCAAGUACAAUGAAUUGCAUGGACACAGAUGAAAGGAAUAUCACUUCAGGGCAAUAUUUGUCAAAGUUUUUAGCCAACACAACUUUUGAAGGUCUCAGUGGCCACAUAAAGGUGAAAGGCUCUUCCAUUAUCAGCUCAGAAAACAACUUCUUCAUCUGGAAUCUGCAGCACGACCCUGUGGGGAACCCAAUGUGGACUCGUCUGGGGAGCUGGCAGGAGGGAAAGAUAGUCAUGGACUAUGGGAUAUGGCCAGAACAGGCCCAGAGACAUAAAAAUCACAUGCAACAUCCUACCCGGCUGCACCUCAGAGUGGUAACUCUGAUUGAGCAUCCAUUCGUCUUCACAAGAGAUGUAGAUGAUGAUGGUCUUUGCCCAGCAGGACAGCUGUGCUUGGAUCCUAUGACCAAUGAUUCAGCUGUGCUGGACAACCUGUUUGAAACCCUACAAGGAGGGAAUGACACUGUUCCCAUUGGGCUCAAGAAGUGCUGCUAUGGCUACUGCAUUGACCUGCUGGAGAAGCUGGCUGAGGAUAUGAACUUUGAUUUUGACUUGUACAUUGUUGGUGAUGGAAAAUAUGGUGCCUGGAAGAACAGCCACUGGACUGGUCUGGUGGGAGACCUUCUUGCUGGGACAGCUCACAUGGCAGUGACAUCAUUUAGCAUCAACACCGCCCGCAGCCAAGUGAUUGAUUUCACCAGCCCCUUCUUUUCAACCAGCCUGGGCAUCCUGGUGAGGACCAGAGACACAGCAGCUCCUAUUGGAGCGUUUAUGUGGCCCCUUCACUGGACUAUGUGGCUGGGAAUAUUUGUAGCUCUCCACAUUACAGCCAUCUUCCUCACCUUGUACGAGUGGAAAAGUCCUUUUGGGAUGACCCCCAAGGGAAGAAAUAGAAACAAAGUCUUCUCCUUCUCUUCAGCCCUGAAUGUCUGUUAUGCAAUCUUGUUUGGCAGAACAGCUGCCAUCAAACCCCCCAAGUGCUGGACUGGAAGGUUUUUAAUGAAUCUCUGGGCUAUUUUCUGUCUGUUUUGUUUGUCCACAUACACAGCCAACCUAGCUGCUGUCAUGGUAGGAGAGAAGAUCUAUGAAGAGCUUUCAGGAAUACAUGACCCAAAGCUCCACCACCCAUCCCAAGGCUUUCGCUUCGGAACCGUGCGAGAAAGCAGUGCAGAAGAUUACGUGAGGCAAAGCUUCCCAGAGAUGCACGAGUACAUGAGGCGGUACAAUGUCCCAGCAACCCCAGAUGGAGUAGCAAACCUAAAGAAUGAUCCAGAGAAACUUGAUGCCUUCAUCAUGGAUAAAGCACUCUUAGAUUAUGAGGUAUCAAUAGACGCUGACUGCAAGCUUCUAACUGUGGGAAAACCCUUCGCCAUUGAAGGAUACGGCAUUGGCCUUCCCCCCAACUCUCCGCUCACCUCAAACAUCUCGGAGCUGAUCAGCCAGUACAAGUCCCAUGGCUUCAUGGACGUUCUGCACGACAAGUGGUACAAGGUUGUUCCGUGCGGGAAAAGAAGUUUUGCUGUCACUGAGACACUGCAAAUGGGCAUCAAGCAUUUUUCUGGGCUCUUUGUGAUGUUGUGCAUCGGAUUUGGCUUGUCCAUCCUCACGACCAUUGGGGAACACAUAGUGUACAGACUGCUCCUACCACGAAUCAAGAAGAAAUCCAAGCUGAAGUACUGGCUCCAUACAAGCCAGAGAUUACAUCGUGCCCUGAACAGCUCAUUUAUUGAGGACAAACACCAACCUAAGAAAAAACGAGUAGAAAAGAGGUCCCAUGUAGGGAAUAGCCAGCAUGCCGUGUGGAAUACAGCCAAUCCAGGCAACUGUCACCGGAAGAAAUAUAUCUGCACUGAUGAAAGGCAAAAUGAAGUGACGAUCCAACAGCACCAAGAUAUCCCUCUGCCUCAGGUGAGGAGAGAGACUCCAGCUUCAUUAACGACCAAUGGGAAAGCAGAUUCCCUUAAUAUGGCUAGGACCUCAGUGAUCCAAGAGCUCACAGAACUGGAGAAGCAGAUCCAAGUCAUCAAGCAGGAGCUGCAACUCGCCAUAGAGAGGAAAACAGAACUGGAAGAGUACCAGAGGACAAACAGGACUGCAGAGGCCUAGGCCAGCAUACUUUGGCCCUUUCCCCUUUUCUUCCUUUCUCCCCCUGCUCUGUAAAAUUUGUAACACAAUUUUGUAAUGCCAGAAAGAGGCAUGAAAAUAAAGCAGGCAGUAUGCUCUUCAUGAGAGCAGAAUUGCAGCAGCCACAGCCACUGCCACCCUCCUGAGUCCUUCUCCUUUCAUAACAAAUUUCUCGUUCUUCUGGCAAACAUCAGCCGUUCCCAAAGGACUAGAGAAACAAGGAGCAUCUGAACAGCAAGAGUUCCUGGUACCUUCAUGUGGCAUUACAGUGAAGUUCCCACUUUUUUAGCCCUUUCUGUGCAUUAUUUAAAAAAAAAAAAAAGAAAAGAAAGAAAAAAAAGAAAAAAGUAGAAAAAAAAGAAAAAAAAAGAGAAAUCUAAACUGUGGAAGCAUGUCCCUGUUGGUAUGUUUUUGUGGUGUUUAUGGGCCCAGUCCCCAUUUGUGCUAAGGCUCCUUUUGGUUGCCUUAUUACAGCAGGUGCUAGUUCUAUGUUGGCAACCCCUUCCCUCAUCGCACAGGCUGUGGUUUCACAAGACAAAUUCUUGGUGGCAAUCCCAGUACUCAUUGUUCCCUCAGCUCUAUCAGCACAAUUGCAGUUGUGGCUGUUCUAUGACUGUGAUAAAGGAAACCACCUAGCUUAAAAAUAACUUGUAAAGAAACAAAUCACCACCUCUAUCUGCUUCUGAGCCCAGGUGCACUUUCCGCUCCCACCCAGAGAAGCAUGCAAACAGCUGCACUGGCAGGAGUGAGCAGUAGCACAGAGGAAGAAUGAGUGGAAGAGGAGGGUGAGGAGCAAUGUACUGUGAACCAGUAUUACUACCCAAGGCUCCUACUGUGAAACUACUCCCUUAACAUCCUUUGUCUACAACUGACAACAGAGCUCUUUCUCACAGCCAAAGUAACAUAAAGGGGAUCAAGUCCAUUGACUCAUUCUGACAUCUAACUCCCAUGAAAGUCAAAGGAGUCAGGCACCAAAGUCUCUCUGUGGACUUGGGCUCUAGUGUAAAACAGGAUGAGAUUUACUGUUUCAAAGGGAAUGUACUGAAUGCAACUCCCUUCCACCUGGAUGAUGAGUAGCGGGGAAGGAAGGGUAAGCUGUUCAGCAUCUGAAUAAAUAAUACAUCAACCCAA